GUGACAGAAUGGCGGAAAGAAGCAGAGUUGCGGCGGCCCCUACGGGAGACACCCUACAGAUGGCAGCCUUCAUCGAACAAGAGGCUGACGAGAAGGUGGAGGAGAUAAACACCAAGGCCGAGGAGGAGUUCAACGUGGAGAAGGAGCGGCUGGUGAACGAGCAGCGCGCCAAGUUCAUGGCAGACCUGAACGACAGGCAGAAGAAGGCGGACCGCCGUCGUAAGGUCGACAACUCGCGCACCAAGAGCAAGGCGCGACUGGUCGUCCUGCAGGCCAUGAACGAUCACGUGGCCCGAGUCGUGAACGAAACCAGGAAGAACCUCGUGUGCAUCACUGGCAAGGAGAACCGCUACAAGCCUUUCCUCGAGAGGCUCAUCUUGCAGGGCCUGUACCGGCUCCUCGACAAGGACGUGGUUCUCUCGUGCCGCAAGAAGGACGAGGCGCUGGUCAAGGCGUCCAUCCCGGUGGCCGUCAAGCAGUUCCGCAAGAAGACCAGCAUACAGGCGAACGUAGUGAUCGACGCUGAGAACUGGCUGGGCGACGAGUCUUGCGGAGGCGUAGUGCUCACAUCCCUGCAGGGCCGCAAGAAGGUGGUCAACACGCUCGCCGCGCGCCUCGAAAUGAUCGCUCAGCACUCCGUGCCCGAAAUCCGGGCCGGACUGUUCGGCCCCAACGAGCACCGAAAGUUCACCUCAUAA